AAGCCUUCUAAAGGACCAUCACAAAUGGCGUCCGUCGUGCACAUGGUCGACGUUUUUCUUCAAUAAAUUAUUUGCCGACUAUUUUUUCCCCCUUUUUAGUUACAUUAUACUGUUGCUGCCAAUUUCCGGGCACAUUUUAAUCAUAACCCAAUUGAUUCGUCGAUUUUCAGUGAUCUGAAGUGAUCUAUUUCAAUACUCGUGCAAGUCUUUUGUGUUCUCCAUAUUGUAUAUAGCGAGUGUAAAUAGUGUGAUUGGUGUGAGGUAGUAGGUGAGUGGAUUUUUAGUUGGCAAUGAGUUCGGGCAACAAAUCGUCGGUGUCCUCCGGCGGGAGAGGCACCAGUAAGAAUAAGACUUCACAACACGGAAAAUCAGAUCAUCAGUUUAAGUCGUCAGAUUCAGGCAAGCAAGACAAAAUCCAACAAAAAUCAGACCAGACACGACAUGCACAAAUCAUUGACACUCGUAUGGGAGGUGGCGAAGAUCCCACUUUCAAGGAAAGGGUGAAGCAAGUGAUGGAAGUGACGCGUCGUACUGAGGACGAAGUUAUCAUGGCUCUGCAUGAUAGCGACGGGGAUUUCAAUCGAGCUGUAAACGAUCUUCUGGAGGGAGUGAGUCCUGAAUGGGAAGUUAAAAAAAAGAAGGCCCGUCAGCCCAGUAGUUCAAAGCAGAACAUCGAGCAACUUGGGGUUCAGGACGAGGGAGGCGAGUGGGACUCGGAGAGAAGGGUUCAGCGUGGAGGAGGACCACCUCGCAUGCGGGGACGUGCUAAUCAUGACAACCGUGGGUGGCGUGGACGUGAAAACAAAGAGAAUGAAAGAAACAUGGAGGAGAGUGGACGAGACGGUGGCUUCCAAGGCGGAAACAGGAGAGGAAGAGGUGGUCCCGGAAGAUCGGGACGCGGUGGUCGUGGCGGCGGCAGAGGUUUGGGUCCCCGAACUUUUGCUAACCGUGGCGAUCCAUCGAGUUCCUCUCACAGUUUCAAUCGACCUAUCGAAACAUGGACUGGCAGUGAAGAACAGCAACAGUCUAUUCAAGAACCUAAGAUGGACGCCUGGAAUAAUUUGGAGCCUUCUGAGGAUUGGGACAACGAAGAAUAUCAAGGAUCUCUUGCGGACACUAAAGUUUUUACUCCGAGUACGUCGUUGACAGAUGAGCAGAAGCUUCAAGAUUUGCAGUCGCAAACGAUUCAGACUGUGACACUGACGCCUUUACAGCAAGAGGAUCAUCCCAAGUUGUCUGAUAUGCCUGUGAUGCAGCAGUCUUUAGGUCCUCAGCAAUCGCAGACAGCCCAGCAUCCUGUUUUGAGUAUGCCAACAAUGCAACUCAAUCAGCAGACAAAUGCCGUUAGUAGUGGAGCACUGACGGCUGCUCAAACUCAGUAUUUCACACAACUGUCGCAGCAAAGCAAUGAGACUCUAAAGACUGCCGGACCAGCCUCUUACUCGUCUACGAUCUCAAGCCAGCCGCAAAGGCAAACGAAGCAACGACCUCGAAUUCCACCGCCAUCGAAGAUUCCCUCGAGUGCAGUCGAAAUGCCGGGCGAUGCUGUAAAUAGCAGUAUAGGCAUUUUAGACGUUCAAUUCGGUGCAAUGGACUUUGGUGCUGAUACUAGUUCUUUAGAUGGAUCAUUGAGCGAUAAAUACACCGCCAGUACGACAAUUUCAAUCGAUAUGAAUUCCAACAGCAAUACUUCCAAUACUGCCAGCAGUACUACAAAUUCACUCGACAUGGAGUCUAUUCAGUCCACAACCCAAUACAACACCAGUGGUCAAAUGCUUGCCAACGAUAGUUUGUCAUCGAGCGAUCAUUCGCUAAACUCCCAAAGUUUCACGAAUCGAGGAAGUGCCACGACUCAGUCUCUAGACAUUUCCAAACAAGACUUCACCUCUCAGGUGUCUCCGAACGCUACCAAUUAUGGUUCGACUGCAACUUAUCCUUCACAGAAAACGUCCUUCCAGGCACAAAACGCAACUUCGAAUAAUUACAAUGUUUAUUCGACUAGUGCGCUAUCGGCCCCAUCGUUUCCAUCGGUCACUGUUGGAAACUCUAAUAGUUAUUCUGCAACAGUCUCCGUUUCGCAAGCUAGUUACAAUACUUCGGCGUCAUAUCCACAAUCUAGUUCAGCUUCCUUUAGUCAAGUGUCACCCUCAGUUUCUGUGUCAGCUAACGCAGUGUACAAUCAGCCUGCAACCACUAACCAGACUUAUCAGUCGACAAGUGCAUACGCGCCAACCACCACAACAUCUUCUCAGUACCAAGGACAAUCGAUAGCUACGAAUACAGUCAACAGUAAUAGCAAUAAUAGCAACAACUCGGCCUACCAGACGACGGGUUAUCAGGGAUCGUCCUCGUUUCAGUCAGCGCCCCAAUCGUAUCAAUCUUCUAGCGCCAGCUUUUCAUCGCCAAUCACCCAAGGAUCUGGUGUUUAUCAAAAUGCAUCUGUGUACGCGUACAGUACUUAUGGAAGUCAAUCGCAGACUGCUUCACAUAAUCAUAAACUGAACAGUACGGGAAAUAAAGAUUCACAAUAUGAUACAAGCACAACUACAUCAAAUAGUUCCCUUGCGACAACAACAACAACUCAAAAUCUUGGACUUUCAUCAUCCUCGGCAAAUAGCUCUCAAACCAAAGUCACCAAUUCUAAUGCUGCGCCGAAAAGUACUUCGAGUGGUAUAGUAACUGGCACUGGGAACACUGGCAAUAUGACAGUCGCUGGCGCAACCAACAACAUGACUCCAGCAAUUCUUGGUCAUCAGUACAUCAUGGGUCAAAGUGUUCCCGGCGUUUUCCCCGCUUACCAACAAAUGUACAGUUAUGAAGAAGUGCAGAUGAUGCGCCAAAUGCAACCACACAUGCCAACUACUGGUUACUAUGACGCGGCACUGGGCUAUCAGACUACAGGCCCUGCUACGAGUCUUGGCGCCAAUCGAGGGGACGCUCUCUCCGGUGUUCAAGGGGUCCAAGGAGUUCAAGGCGCCUACACCAGUAUUAGCGAUGCCAGGUUUGCCAGGAAUGACAGUAACGCCUCGCCAGUUCCUUCCACAAUGUCCCAGCAGACGGCUACCCAGCAUCAGCAACCAAUGAUGAAUGCAAUUCCACCGCCAGGAUAUUAUUUCACUUAUGGAAUGCCAGGAAGUUUCCAAUACGGAACUCCCCUUUAUCCUCAGAUAGCAACUGCCGGAAACGCGAGCACAAGCAGUGGUGCUUACGGUGCUAAGCCCGGAAGCUAUGGUUCGAGUUACGGAGGCGGCACUAGUUACGACUCUCUGGCCAGCACUGGACAAGCGGCCGAAUACAAAGGUGCUGGAAGUGGAUACACUGGAUCGCAAACUGGAAAAUCUGGGUCCUCAACGGGAAACACGAAUUCCAGUGGUUCAACUGCCGCGGAAAUCAGCGCUGGAAUGUACGCCACUAAAAGUCACGUUGCUCUCAGUAAAGUUAACUCUUACGAUAAACAAACUUUCCAUUCUGCAACGCCACCGCCUUUCGGUUUAACUGGCAGUCAGAACGCGGGUCUUCCUGGAAGCUACGGAACUCCACAUUUAUUUAUUCCAGCAAUGCAUCAACCGCAUCAAUUACAUCAACCUUUACAUCAGGACGGAGGCAAUAGUACAGGUCAAAGGACAAAUCCAAGUUCUCAGAAUAAGGCUCAGACAAAACCGGGAUACAGUCCAAGCUAUUGGACCGGUGGUAAUUAAAUAUUAAGUCAACUGAAAAAGAAACCGAGAAACAUAAAAGAAAUCAAAGAUACAUUGCUCUUGACCAAUCUAAUGAUCUUUGAUUCGUCUCUAAAACAAACAUAAAAAGGAGUUUUUCAAAUUCAUUUUGAAAGAAAGGGACUAAAAUGUUGAAACGAUUUUUCACGGAACUAUAUAAUUUUUAUUAAAGUCACGCGAUUUGUGCCAGAACUUUUAUGGUGUAAAUGAAUGGGGAGAUAUCAAGUAUGGAAGAACUAGACCAUUUUAAUCACUUUGAUAUUCAAAAAUUAAAAAAAAAAGAGAAAAAGUAUAAUAAAAGUCCAUAAAAAAUAAUAUUGACGAGAAGCCCCUUUAACGGGUUCAAGAUUUUGAAUACACAAAUAAUAAUAAAUAAUUUCUAUUUUCUACGGGAUAAUUCACAAAUUAUGUAAUUUAUCUAAUACUCUAAAACUGAAGGUUGAAUUUAAUUUAAUUUGCGUAAAAUUUUAAAAAUUGUGUAAACGAAGAAUAAUAAAGUCAUUAAACGUUUUACAUUAUUUGUGAAUAAUUCUGUAUUUGUUUAACAAAAUUCCUACUGCUUAAGACUUUUAAAAUACCGUUCAAGCAAAUUUAAAACACUUUUCGACAUUAUCAAAACGAUGCUUAUAUGCUGAACUUUAAACAGUUGUUUACUUUUUCAUAUAUUCACAAUUUAAAAUAUAUUUAAUGGACAAUUGACAAAAAAUUGUUUAGUACUUCCACAGAGGACAGAAAAUUUUCAGUUUUCAUAUGUUGUAUAACAACCAACACUAAAAAGGGAUAAAAAACAAAAAUAGAUUAAACGUCUCUCCUCUUCCUUUUUUUCUUGCUCUUUAUCUCAAUGUAUAAUUAGUGCAAUUACCAGUACAUUGCGUUAAUUCUGAGAAAUAAAACUAAUAUGUGAUGCACUCGAUUUUGGAAUUUAAAAGAAAAAAAAAUGCGAUUAUAACAGACCGAUAUUGUAUAGAAGUGAUAUAGAAGUAAAAAUUACACUAAAAAAAAAAUAAAAAGUCGCAAAUGUGUGUAUUUCGUGAAACAUUUUAUGUGGAAUGUGUGAAUAUUAAAAUUUUUACAAAACCUACGCAAUACAUUUUCUCUUAAUUGUUUAUAAACUAUUGCAUAAAUACACUGCGAAAAAUAAAAUUACCUUUGCUAGUUUGCAAAAGAGAAUAAAAAUAAAUAUUGCGACUCGCUUAGAUUUUCGUACUUUGAAUAUAAACAUUUGCAAUUAAUAAGUCAUUAAAAAGCGUUUUUAUUAAUGAAUGUGAAGAAUCUUCUCUUUUGUACAAAUUAUAUAAAGUUUAAACGUAGGUAAGUUUAUAAUUGAAACGAUUUAUUAAUUUUUAUGCACCUGUGAUGUUUCUGGUUCUCGACGGUCAUUUUUUGUUUCUUCAUCUUUAAACCAAAAAAAAAAAAAAAAAGUAGAAUACAAAGUCAGAUCAAUGAGCCGAGUGAUUCAUCAUAAUUUUCACGCCAAAUCUCUUCGAGUUUCCUGAUACAUUUCAGAACUUUCGUGCCAAGUACUUAUAAUUGCACUCAUCCUUCAAUCUUCACAAAUUUUGUUUUUAUAUUCAUGAGAAAUCUUUUGACCCAAUCAUCAUUUGAUAAAAAAGUUAUUUUAACGAAAUCUCAUCUUUUGCUUAUUUUCUUUUUUCAAACCUCUUUACUUAUAUAUUUAAAGGCUCUUAAAUUGCGUGGCAAAUCAAUACUUUUCUUUUCUUACCAUUAUAUUGUGGUUACGGAAUUUGAAAGCCGUCAUUUUUUUGAAAAUUUCAUAGUUUUUUACGCAGCACAAAAGUAAAUAAUGUGUAAUAAUAAUAUUAAUAUUAAUAAUAAUAAAAAUAAUAAUAAUAAUAAUAAUAUGACCAGAGAAUAAGUGGGAAGUCCACUGAAUUUAAGUAAGGGAAAAAAUGUAUUUGUUUCUUAAAGGGAUUUUUUAUGUGUGUAAAAACGUAUGUAAAAUUAAAAGUAAACAAAUAAUAUAGGUGCGUAAAAAGUGGUUGACAAAAAAAAAAAGAAAAAAAAGCAGUAGGUUUAAGACCUAUUUAAAUAAUAAUAAUAGUAAAUGUGGUUUUUGUUUGCAAAAUUUCUUACAACCGCCACGUCCUAAAGAUUUUUGAAAAACAUCCAAGUACUUUUAAAUAUAGCUGCUCAUUUAUGUAUCAUAUAAGAUAUUCAUACACAUCAAAUUGAAACACGUUUUCGUUUGCUUUUAAAAAUAUAAUUUUAAGUUGAUAACUUUGUAUACACUUGGAUGAUACUAGAGAAACUAAGUGUAAUUUGUAAUGAAGAAUUAUAGAAAGUAACCGCAAGAGUAUCAUCAAUUUACUCAAGAUAAGAUAAGAAGUGACUAUCUCGAUCUCGAGAAUGAGCGUUCUUUUUCAUAUAUUAAUUAUAAAUUAAUUAAUAAUUUUUGUAUUUUUGUCAAUCAGAAGUGCAAAAAGAAGUAAGCCACUAUUGCUAACUAUUACAUAAUGAUUAUUAUUAUUAUGAAUAAUAAUAGCAACUACUGUGUAUAAAUAUGAAUAUCUAAAAAAUAAAUGUAUUAAAAUAA